CGUUAGAGCAGCGGUAACUUGAAUUGAGUUUGCGUGCACUGCAUGCACGGGAGGAAUGGCAGAAGAAGUCAUGCAAGAUGUGCUCCAUUUGAAAGAACGUCUCCUGAAGGUCAGCGACCCAACGAAGAUUCUGAAGUUGUUGAAACGUUUGCAGGAUUUAAAUAUCACCGUUGAUGUCCUGGUGGAAACCGGAAUAGGAAAAACAGUAAAUGGAUUCAGGAAAAAUCAAGAUGUUGGUGACAUAGCCAAAGAGUUGGUGUACCAGUGGAAAAAACUUAUUCCUCAGCAAUCUUCCAGCGGGGAACAGAGUAAAAAGAAAGGAGAAAAACAUUGUGAGCACAAUGAGAAGGCAGCUGGAAGGGAAAAGGCAAGUAAGUCAACAAGGCUGUCCAGUCGUGCAGAGGUCCCGCCAGGGAAUAAAUGUGCGAGGCUUUUAAAUGAGGAAGAAAGCCCAGAAAAACACGAUGGGGUUACGACUGAUCAGCAACCUUCCGUUGACAAUCCAGUUCAGUUAAAGACCAACGAGUCCAAAUCAUCACGACAAGAAAAGAAAGAAUGUAGUCAUUGUGCAAAACGCAAUUCUUCGCCAGAGCAGCGAUUUGUUAAAUGUGCAAAAUCCCACAAGGACAAAAGUACCUCCCGAACAAAAGAUAAAAAAACAGUUGGUAAUGAUGGAAUCAUGAAAGACCAGGAUAAGAGGGGAUCUUCGCUGGGAAUCUCUCCAACGUCCCACAAUGACUCCAAGGGAGGAUCUAACUCAGGAAAGAGUACUCGUAAGAAUGGUGAAAAGAAGAAAAACAAAUCUACGGAUACAACGAAACGUGGCAAUUUGGCUAGCAAGCAAGAGAAAUGUUCUGAAAAGGAGGAAGGAAGUCUCGGAUCAAACAAACCACAGGCCAUCUCACGUGAACCGAAAGAGAGUAUUAAAGGGAGUAAAAUGGAAGAAUUAUCAGACAAUGGAAAUGAUGAGUUUGAAAAACCGGUAAUGUCAUUUGAUUCAUAUAUGAACUAUGAGGAACCAAAUAGGAAAGCACGCAGACCCCACCAGAAGAAAAAAAUGUCCAUUUUGGAAAAGGACAAAUGGAUCUCUCCUACUUUGAAGGAGAUUAAUGUAUGUCCAUCACCUCAUAGGAAGGAACGCAAAAGCAAGGGAAAUGCAACUAAAAGACAUCAAUGUGAAGACGACAUUUGGACUGAACAAGCAAAUAAAAAGAUAAAAGUUGAUAUCAGUGCUUUGCUGGAUAUCCCUUUGCCUAAGUUUUUACCAGAUAUUACAGAAAUGCCUUUUGAUUUUCCAUCUACAUCUCCAGUCAAGAAAUCAGCAAUAGCCGAUGUUUCUGACAAGACUGUGGAAUUUACUGGUCAGAGAUUAAACUGUAAGAUGCAAGUAUAUUCGGGGUGUAAAACAACAAACAUGUUGAAGAUGAGGUCUCUGUAUGAACAGUGCCUACGAGUCCUUCAGAACAACAUUGACUCCAUUCAUGAAGUUGGCGGUGUGCCUUUUGAGAUCAUUGAGCCCGUGUUUGAUCAAUGUACAUCAGAGCAGCUGUGGCGAAUUGAGGAGCACAACCCGAGCUUCAUUGAACAGACUGAUCACCUCUGGAUGAAACAUUGUACAAAAGACUUCAAAGGCGAGCAGCCCCAGGAGUAUGAAUCAUGGCGCGAGCUGUAUCUAAGGCUGUAUGUCGAACGAGAGCAGAAACUGAAAAUAUUGACUCAAAGUAUUAGCUCUGCACAUGCUAAUAAACCCAAAGGUCGUCAAGUGAAACUGGCCUAUCUAACUACUUCUGCAAAACCUCCCCGAGAUAUUCUCCGACAGCAAGGGAAGCACGGGACUGCGUGGACCGCACUUCAAAGCUCUUCCAAGCAGAGGGUAAAGUCUGUGAAGAGUACAGACUGUGCUGGUUCCACCAGAGGAAGUGGCUCAUGUGAUGGUGGCAGUGUUGCUCCAAGUGCUCACUCCGGCCCUGAUGCAAAAAGACAGGUUAAAAAUACCUCACGUGAAGAGGACACCUGACCUUCCACCGUUGGCACCUUCAUUGGUGCUAUCCAUCCACAGUCCAGACCCAUGGCUAGUGCAGCAUCCUGGAGAAACUGCUUUCUCCUGACUUCUACUCGUGCUAGGUAAGAACGUGCUAUCAAUGGCAGGCAUCUCUAACAUAUUCGCAAAGCAUGGUGUGGUCAUUGGACGAGACACAAAAAGCUGGAGCAACUCAGUGGGACAGACUGCAUCUCUAUCCUUGUUUUCCAGAGCCACUGUUACUCCAGCAUUUGAGUUACUCCAGCAUUACACAUGUCCCUGUUGAAUUGAUGUCUCAGCCACCAACAAAUCUGCUUCCUAUGGUUCAGCUAAUCUCAUUUUCAAGCUUGUCCAUCCCUCUGAAUUACAACAUUUUAGCCGUGCAAAUAUAUCAUAAUCCUUCACCAGAGGGUAAUUUCCUCAUUUCCUGGUCCCUCCAUUCAUCCCAGUCAAUCUCCCUGGAGUCUUCCUACAAAAUAUCAAAUGCUUUUUAGUCGAUUAUGAAGUGCAAGGGCAUACAAAUUAUUUUUUAUUCAUGUUAUUCCCCCUACUUUCAUUUAACAGACUGCGAAGUUUGCAUUCCUCUCUUUGAAACAUCCUGUACCACCUCAUUUCAAUUCAUGGAAAAUCCAUCGUCAUUGAGUUAAUUUUCCCAGUUCCUCCUUUUCUUCUGCUCUUCCUUGCCUAUCCUCUUCCCCUUCCUGGUGUCACUGGUCCAAGUUCAUAUCAUUGCUUUCUAAGGUUAUUUUACAUCUGACUCCACAUGAAUUUUGCAGCUCUGUGGGAUUGAUCAACCUCGAGUCCUGAAUGCCAUGAGGUGGACCCAGUCACACUCAGCAUAUACCAGGGAUCACCCCGACAACCAUUCACAGCUCUGUUAUCUAAAGUAAUCUCAUAAUCUCAACUGUUUAAAUACCUCUGAUAAUCAGGCUUUUUUUUAAAGUUAAAAUGCAAUUACAUUAAAACAGAUUUCAGAAUAUAUUAAAUUAGGAAUUAACGAUGACAAGAUAUAACAUUAAAAAAAAUCACUUUACCUACAUUUACCUUUUUAAUCAGCGGCACAGUAGUUGCUGCCUCAGUAUUAGACCCGGGUUUGAUCUCGACUACAGGUGCUGUCUAUAUGGAGUUUGUACGUUCUCCCUGUGACCGGGUGGGAUUUCACCGGUUUCCUCCCACUCCAAAUACGUACAUGUUUGUAGGUUAAUUGGCUUCUGUAAAUUGUCCAGUGUGUAGGACAGUGCUAGUGUGCUGGUCGGCACGGAUUCAGUGGGCCAACUGUAUCUCUAAACUAAAACCUAAUCAAGAUCAGGACUAUGGAUAAGGUUAAGCCUGAGGGGCCAGAUGCAAAGUUUAUCCUGUCGCUCAGGCUCAGCACCCAGUGUUUCACAGCUGGACUCAGUGGUGGAAUAAGAGUUCAAACUUGAUAUUGCAUGACCUGCUCAUCUCUGGCCUCUGCUCUUCAUUGAGCAUUAGUCAGAAUUUGCCUUGGUGUUUUGAUAGUUUAUGCAGGCCUGAGCAACCCCUCCAUCCCAUGCUCACCAUUGCCCUGCAGUUCCCCUGCCUCCAACCGCACAGAGUAAUUAAUGAACCCCCAGCAUGUCCAGGCUAUGGAGGAAACUGGACCACCUGGGGACACCCAUGCGAUCACAUGGAGAAUGUGCAAACUCCACAUAGACAGCAGCUGAGUUCAGGAUUGAUCCCGGGUCACUGCAGCAGCGAGGAAGCAGUCCUGGCUGCUGUGUCACAAGAACAAUGUCAGUGCAUUAGUCGUUACUUGAUCAAUUUGCACUGGCCAUUAUCACAUUGAAGUGGGUUCCUCCUGGUUAAUGCCGGCUGCCAUCAUGGCCCUGCAAGGCAGCACAGCAGGUAGAGCUGCUGCCUCACAACACCAGACACCCAAAUUCAAUCUUGGCCUCGGGUGCUGUCUAUGUGGAGUUUGCACAUUCUUCCUGCAACCACUUGGUGCUCAGGGGGGGGGACUCCAUUGAAACUUACUGAAUAGUGAAAGGCCUGAAUAUAGUGGAUGUGGAGAGGAUGUUUCCACUAGUGGGAGAGUCUGGGACUGGCGGUCAUAGCCUCAGAAUUAAAGGACGUUCCUUUAGGAAGAUGCGGUGGAAUUUCUUUAGUCAGAGGGUGGUGAAUCUGUGGAAUUCAUUGCCACAGAAGGCUGUGGAGGUCGUCAAUCGAUAUUUUGAAGGCAGAGAUAGAUAGAUUCUUGAUUAGUACGGAUGUCAGAGAUUAUGGGGAGAAGGCAGAAGAAUGGGGUUAGGAGGGAGAGAUCAGCCAUGAUUAAAUGGCAGGGUGCAUUUGAUGGGCCGAAUGGCCUAAUACUGCUCCUAUCACUUAUGAACUCCCACAUCCCAGACGUUCAGGUUUGUAGGCUAAUUGUUCUCUGUUAAUUGACUAUAGUGUUUAGGUAGUGAAAAGUAGGGCGAGUGAUGGUCAGCACGUACUCGGUGGGCCGAAGGGCCAGUUUUCAUGCUGUUUCAUCGAUUAAAGUAACCAGA